GGCGUCUCGUCCCAGUUCUGCGGCCCUGGGCGCCGUGGUGUCCGCGGCUCCCGACAUCAUGCCGGCCCAGGGCCAGUCGACGGCGGGGUCCUCGCCGUUGUAUACAGUGUUCCGUCAUGUGCGGUACGAGAACCUGGUGGCCGGCGUGAGCGGCGGCGUCCUCUCCAACCUGGCGCUGCAUCCUCUCGACCUGGUGAAGAUCCGCUUCGCCGUGAGUGACGGACUGGAACUGAGACCGAAAUAUAAAGGAAUAGUACAUUGUUUGACCACUAUUUGGAAAGUUGAUGGACUACGAGGUCUUUAUCAAGGAGUAACUCCAAAUGUGUGGGGUGCAGGUUUAUCUUGGGGACUCUACUUUUUCUUCUACAAUGCCAUUAAAUCGUAUAAGACAGAGGGGAGAGCAGAACGGCUCGAGGCAACAGAAUACCUUGUUUCAGCUGCUGAAGCUGGGGCUAUGACGCUCUGUAUUACAAACCCAUUAUGGGUAACAAAGACUCGACUUAUGUUACAGUAUGAUGUUGUCAGUGCUUCACAGAGGCAGUACAAAGGAAUGAUGGAUGCACUUGUAAAGAUAUAUAAAUUUGAAGGUGUACGUGGAUUGUACAAGGGAUUUGUGCCUGGGCUGUUUGGAACAUCACAUGGAGCACUUCAGUUCAUGGCAUAUGAAUUGAUGAAAUUGAAGUACAAUACACACAUCAAUAGAUUACCAGAUGCACAGUUGAGUACAAUAGAAUACAUAUCAGUUGCAGCUAUGUCGAAAAUAUUUGCUGUGGCAGCAACGUACCCAUAUCAAGUAGUGAGAGCCCGACUUCAAGAUCAACACAUGUUUUACAGAGGUGUACUUGAUGUAAUGAAGAGGACAUGGAGGAAAGAAGGCAUCCUUGGAUUUUACAAAGGAAUUGUCCCUAAUUUGAUUAGAGUGACUCCAGCCUGUUGUAUUACCUUUCUAGUUUAUGAAAAUGUCUUCCAUUUUUUACUUGGUCUUAGAGGAGAAGAGGAGCAAGUUUAAAGAAGAUAGCACAAAAAUAUCUGCUACAGCAGCAGCAUACUCCUUAGUGCUUGAAAUACAAAACGUAGAAGAAAUAGUGCGCAGCAACAUUAUUCACAAUUCAAAUCAACCUCAAACUGUUGAAAGAAUUCAAAGAACUGAUAAAUCCUCACAAGUUUUCUGCUUUUGCUCCCAUUUAUCUAUGUGACUUGGCUGCCUUUGCCUAGAAUAGCUGCCAUCAAAACAAUAUUAAAACUGACAUGAAGCAUUUAGCUCAGUGAGUUUGUGCAUUUCAUUGUUCAAAUAGAAGCUGAUUUUGCAACAUUUGUCUAGUGGAUUAGAUGUAUUUGCCUUUAUUGCUAAACUGAACUGUGUGGAUUGGUUUUUAAAAUCUGCUUUUGUGCAAAUAGUAAGAAGUUUUCCUCCUUGCAAGGAUGCAUUGGUGGCAUAUAUGUAAUAGUUCACUUUAAAGGAUUGAUUUCAAACUUCAGAAGGUUUGCUGAAAAAAGUACCCAAAUUCAGAGUAUAUCAGAAUCAGUGGACAGUGAAGCAAGCAUUCACUCGUAAUAUACUUUGGUCUUAGGUCAGUUUGCACCCUGGUGAGAUUCCAUAUCUCUCUCAGGAUUAAGGAGUGAGUGGAAUCUGUAUUUAUUGUACUAACAAUUUUCCCUCCUAAUUUAAAGUUUAAUUACAGAUUCAAGUUUUCUGAAAACUGGCAUUGAAUAUAUUUUUGAUUUUGCAAACCUCAUUGUGGUCCAAGGUUAAGAGUGUCUCAGUCUUCAUUUAACAUAUACGUACCAUUUAAUAGAGAUACUUAGAGUCCCUUUGCAGGUUCAGAAGUGUUAGGGUUGUGUUAACGUGGCAGGUUGAUUAUAUGUAAACUGGGAAACAAUCUUCCCACUUGUAACUUGUCAGGAUGCCACUGGUUGGUCAUAUUUGUGUUUUAGGAACAAACUGUACCUAUGCUCAUUAUUGUUGAUUUUAUUUUUAUGAGGCAUUGCAGGAGAGGCUUAAAUAAAAAAGAUGUUCCCCUUUCCCUUCUCCCUAAAAUGUUGAAAUAGUAAUUAUAUUCUAUCAUAAAUACCUAUGACUGCUAUUGCACUACCAUCUGUUUCUUGUAAAUAAACUUGCAAUUUUCAAAGCCAUAUUUAAAUGGUUCUUUGA